AUGGCAAGCACCGCAGUCUGCGUGACUCCGGUCAAGAAGCGCUCUGCCGUCUUCAACACCCGCACCGCCGGCGGUCGGAUGCCACUGACGCCCUCUCCCCGCACCCCGCGCACCCAGACUCCCGAUGUGCAGGCACACGAGUCAAUCCAUGGCAACGACUUCAAGUCGCGCAUACAGCGCUCUGUCACCAAGACGACGCGAGACUCCCCCAAGUCCAACAUUGCUCGCUCCCACACACACACUCCCCGCCGGUUAGAACUCGGUGUCUCAGAAUGGGCCCUCACUGGAUCCGGCACCACCGCCACCACCAAGGCCAAGAAGGAGAAGAAGGAGGCGGCUGCCAUCCGUGCUCGCCCCACCAAGACGCGCAUUGCCUACAACGCCGCCGACCGCUUCAUCCCCAACCGGACUGCAAGCGAAGCUAUCCGCAGCGUUGGUGCCAGCAAGCUCGACGCUGAACAGCGCCCCAAGUCAAGCUCCAAGAAGGAGGGCUCGACCGUGCUGGCCAACGCCGCAAGUGCUUUCGAUCUCGGUGGCCGUGGUUCAGAGGAGGAUGUCACACUGUCCCUCGAGGGUCUGAGCCUUGAGGACGACGAGGAAGAGAGCCGAUCACGCUCCAAGCCGGCUCCUAGCCAGGCUGCAUACCAGUCCACACUUGCCUCAGCAUGUGGCAUCAACACAAACACUCGCAUUCUUGCUUUCAAGCCUGCGCCGCCCGAGUCGUCCAAGCCCAUCGACCUUCGCUCCCAGUACAACCGUCCUCUCAAGCCCAGCAGCAGCGUCAACGCACAGAGCCGCCGUCGCAUCCCGUCAGCACCCGAGCGCGUCCUUGAUGCUCCCGGUCUUGUCGACGACUACUACCUCAACCUUCUCGACUGGUCUUCCGGCAACCAGGUCGCUAUCGGUCUUGAGCGCUCAGUCUACGUCUGGUCAGCUGACUCUGGGUCGGUCGCCUCUCUCCUCGAGUGCCCCGCCGAUACCUACAUCUCUUCCGUCAAGUGGUCCGGCGACGGUGCCUACGUUGGUGUCGGUCUCGGCACGGGUGAGGUUCAGAUCUGGGACGUUGAGGAGCAGACCAAGCUCCGCAGCAUGUUCGGUCACGAGACCCGCGUUGGCGUUAUGGGAUGGAACAAGCACAUCCUCUCCACCGGUGCCCGUUCCGGCCUUGUCUACAACCACGACGUCCGCGUCGCUCAACACAAGAUCGCCGAGCUCGUCUCGCACACUGGAGAGGUCUGCGGUCUUGAGUGGCGUGCCGACGGUGCCCAGCUUGCCACUGGUGCCAACGACAACAUGGUCAACAUCUGGGAUGCGCGCGCGCUUGCCGCCCCCAAGUUCACCAAGACCAACCACCGCGCUGCCGUCAAGGCCGUCUCAUGGUGCCCAUGGCAAUCCAACCUGCUUGCCACCGGCGGUGGUUCCAACGACCGUCAAAUCUACUUCUGGAACACCACCACUGGUGCCCGCAUCAACCACAUCCCCACCGACUCCCAAGUCACCAGCCUCCGCUGGAGCACCCACUACAAGGAGAUUGUCAGCACUGGUGGCUUCCCCGACAACAGCCUGAGCAUCUGGAGCUACCCCUCCGGUGUCAAGAACAUGGAGGUCCCCGCUCACGAGUCUCGUGUUCUCCACAGCUGCCUCAGCCCUGAUGGUCAGAUGCUCGCCACCGCUGCUGCCGACGAGUCUCUCAAGUUCUGGAAGAUCUUCGAGAAGAAGCCCGGUCAGCCUUCCGUUGCUGCCGCCGGCUCUGCUUCCAUGAAGCCCAGUGCCACUAAGCAGAUGACUAUCCGCUAA